ACCUUGCUCUUCUUGCAAGCAAUACACUCUGCAGGCUUCAUUUCAAGAACUGCCCUGCACUCACAGCAAACAAACAUCAGUCAAAUGGGAAAUUGGGGUUUAGUGUUGGUGUUGUGGGGGUUGAUGGUGGUGGGGGGAGUGGAGGGUAUAGGGGCAAAUUGGGGAACACAGGCAACUCAUCCGCUGCCACCUGAUACAGUAGUGAAGCUGCUGAAAGACAAUGGGAUACAGAAGGUGAAGCUGUUUGAUGCAGAUGCUGAUAUUCUCAGGGCUCUGAGAGGGUCAGAUUUGGAGGUCAUGGUGGGUAUCCCAAAUGAUAUGUUAUAUGCUCUAGCUAACAGUGUGGCGGUUGCUGAGAAAUGGGUGGAGAAGAAUGUCUCCUCACAUGUCUCAUCUAACAGUGUAAAUAUCAGGUAUGUUGCAGUAGGAAAUGAACCAUUCUUAUCAACAUUUAAUGGGACCUUCCUGGCAACAACAUUCCCCGCCCUCCAAAAUGUGCAAGCAGCACUCAUAAAAGCAGGCCUGGGCAAUAAGGUAAAGGUCACUAUCCCUCUUAAUGCUGAUGUGUACCAGAGCUCAUCGGAAAAACCUUCAACCGGUGACUUUAGGCAGGACAUCCGUGACCUCAUGGUGAGCAUUGUCAAGUUCUUAAGUGACAAUGGGGCACCCUUUACUGUCAACAUAUACCCCUUCAUAAGCCUCUACAAUGACCCCAACUUCCCAGCCGACUAUGCCUUCUUUGAUGGUUAUACCAACUCCAUCGAUGACGAUGGAAAAGUCUACAGCAAUGUGUUUGAUGCAAACCAUGAUACCCUAGUCUGGGCAUUACAGAAAAAUGGGUUUCCAAACAUGUCCAUCAUCAUUGGAGAAAUUGGAUGGCCAACAGAUGGGGAUAUACAUGCAAAUGUGAAGUAUGCACAGAGAUUCAAUCAAGGAUUCAUGACUCGUAUUUCAGGAGGAAAGGGAACACCUUUGAGACCUGGGCCUAUAGAUGCGUACCUGUUCAGCCUAAUUGACGAGGAUGCCAAAAGCAUCCAGCCAGGUAACUUUGAGCGCCACUGGGGGAUAUUUAAUUUUGAUGGCACGCCAAAGUACAAUCUCAACCUGGGUGCCAAUUCUGGACGUCUGGUACCAGCGAGUGGUGUUCAUUACCUUACUCAACAGUGGUGCGUCAUAGCUCCCACAGCAAGUCUUGACAACCCUCAGAUAGGUGACAGUGUUGGGUAUGCGUGCUCACAUGCUGAUUGCACAACCCUUGGGUACGGGACAUCAUGCGGAGAUCUAGACUCUCGUGGCAACAUUUCUUAUGCAUUUAACAGUUACUAUCAGGAGAACAACCAGCUUCCUAGUGCUUGCAAGUUUCCUGGCCUGUCAGUUAUCACAAACAAGGAUCCAUCAACCCCAACUUGCAAGUUUAAAGUCAUGAUUCAGACUAGUCGUCCAGCUAGUGAUAGAAAUAGUGCUAUAACAACCCUCCAAAAUAUGGUUCUUGUGAUUAUUUCUUUUUUCAGUUUUGCAUGCAUGCUUUGAAUUAUUGUUUCACUUUUUGAUAAGAAUUACUUCAUAUUUUGUACAUGGCUGCUCAAUUUGUUCUAGCA